AUUUCAGAAAAAAGCUUGACACAGCCAGCAGCAGCAGCAGCGAGCAGCGAGCGCGUCUUUGGUCCGCACAAGAAGGCUUGUAGCAAACUCCCACAUUUGCAGAGCAGCAGCAGCAUCAGAAGCAGCUUGGUUCGCUUUACCUGUUCGGAAAAUCUUCCAAUAGUCGAGGAAACACGGGAAACCACACGCAUUGUUGGAAAAGUGCACGGAAUUGUGUGUGUGUAGAGUGUGUGUUUGUGUGUAGUUAGUGCGUUAUAGCGAACGAGAGCGUACCCCAAGUGUUGCAAGUGCCAAGUGUGACGAUCACCAAGCAAGAAGUGUGCUCCUCCCCCCCGCGUCUUUCACGAACUCUUCCGGUAGCAUCCAGAGCGUUAGUUGAAGCGCCCAAACCCAGCAAGCACAAACCUCUAAGCGAAGCAAAGCGAAGAUGGCCACCGAAACCGAGAACAAGCCCGUCGUUGCCGGCGAGGAGGAGAAGAAGGUAGAGGCCCCAGCUGUGGAGGCGGCGGCAGCAGCAGCACCGGCCGCAGCAGAUAAGCCAGCGGAGGCUGCGGCGGCGGCGGGCGGCGGUGACACGGCCGCCGAUAAGAAGCCGGAGGAGAAGGCCGACGCUGCGCCGGCCGCCGGCGGCGAGGGUGGCGAUGGAGCGACCAGCUCCGAUGCGGCGGCCGCCCCGGCCAAGAAGGAGAAGGAGAUGAAGCCGACCGUCCACAAGGCGAACUUCGAGAAGGACGUGGUGUACCUGUACCAGUUCACCCGCACACCGAUGCUGCCGUCGAUUUCGCCCUUCUGCCUGAAGGUGGAGACCUGGCUGCGCCUCGCCGGGCUGAAGUAUGAGAACAUCGACCAUAAGCUGAAGCUGCGCUCGAAGAAGGGACAGCUGCCGUUCGUCGAGGUCAAUGGGGAGGAGAUUGCCGACUCGACCAUCAUCAUGCAGGAGCUGGCGACGCGCUACGACAAGGACCUGGACGCCGCCCUGACCCAGGAGCAGCGCAACAUUGCCCACGCGAUGAUUUCGAUGCUGGAGAACCAUCUCGUCUGGGUGGUGCUGUCCUGGCGCAGCAAGAACACGGAACAGAUGCUCAAGGGCUACAAGAUCAACCUGCAGCACGCGCUCGGCAGCCGUCUGCCGAAUGCGCUGCUGAACUUCUUCUUCAAAUUCCAGUUCAGCCGCAAGUGUUUCCAGGGUGCUAAAAAGGUGAAAGCUCAGGGCCUGGGCGUCCACAAGCCGGAGGAAAUUGAGGAGUUCGGUCGCAAGGAUCUGAAGGUGCUGUCUGAGCUGCUGGCCGAUAAGCCAUUCUUCUUCGGUGAUGAACCCACCACGCUCGACUGUGUUGCAUUCUCCGUGUUGGCCCAAAUUCACUUCAUUCUGGACGAGGUUAAGUACGGUCUGAAGGAGUUCAUGCAGGAGAACUGCCCGAACCUGGUGGGACACGUUUCGCGGAUCAAGGAGCGCUGCUUCCCCGACUGGGAGGACAUCUGCACCAAGCUGGAUCUGAACGCGCACAUCCCGAAACCAGAGCCGGAAACCAAGGAAAACAAGGAAGGUGCUGACACGGAAAAGACCGCCGAACAGGACAAGAACGAGUCGGAAAAGGAGCUCGAGAAGGACAACUCGAACGAGAAGUCCGAAAAGAAGGAGGAACCCGAGAAGGUGGUGGAGGAGAAUAAAGAGAAAGAGGAGGCAGCCGCCAAAUAAGGUGGUUGGGGAGCGGUGAAAGCUAGAGAGCGGCCACUUUAAAUAAUGCACAGCAGCAAACAACAGCAACAGCAGCAGCAGCAGCAACAAGAAGCGAGGAAGCACUAUUGCUUUUUUACAACUAUUCUACUGAAACAAGCCGUCAGCUAAAUUAAGAAAUAUAUAUAUAGUGUGACGUGCUUCCGUAACAAAAAAAAACAGCAACAAAACAUCCACCAACUUCUCCGAAUCGAAAAAAAAGAAAAGAAAAAUCUCGCCGGAGAAGUCGAUACAAUUCCACCUACUCUUUAUGCAAGGAUAUAUUAUUUUGUAGAAACAACAAAACAAAACAAAACAAAAAAAACUCUAGAAAGGAAAUUCUUACGAUGGAAGUACACGUACGUGUGCAACCGGCAACCACUAAUCGUAUAGUGGCGAGUGUGAAGGCGGGGGGCUGCGAGUGUUGUGCUGCGGUUAGUUUUGUAACGCGCGCGCAGCAGGAAGAAAAAGCAAAUGGGGAGGGAAAGGGAAUGUUUUGUUUUUCCUUUCGAUUGUUUAUUCGAUAUUAUUUGUGUUUUUCGUCCCUUUUUUAUACAUAUAUAAAAAAGCUAUGAAAGAAGCCGAAGCAGCAGGAGGAAACGAUUGUUUUUCGCGUUUAUGAAUAUAGAGUUUUUCCUUCCCUUGUUCUUUUCCUUUCUCCGUUCCAUCGCAUGCGUAUCAAUUUCCACAUUAAUCUUAUAUCCCUUUUCGGUUUCGCCAGCGGCAUAAAGAGAGAAAUGGAAAAAGGGUGAAAUUUAAUUGAAUAUUAUAAUAGAGGAAGAACACAAAAACAAACAGAUCAAACUCAGAAAAUCAGAAGGAAAUGGAUACGAAAGAAGAACAAGAAGAAGACCAAAAGAGGAAAGAACAAACGAAAGGAAAGGAAGCGAAUGUGCCAGCAUGAUGAUGAUAACCACAGAGAGAAAGGAUAAUAAAACACACAUGCAAGUAGGAAGGUGAAAUAAGAUAAAGAAGAGAUGCGACGGAGUAGGCAAAAAAUAGAAAGAAGAAGAGGUUUGGAAAAAAAGGAAGAGACACCACACCAGAAGCGAAGUAAAGCGAAAGGGAGGAAGCAGCAGCAGCAGCAGUAGCAGUUUGCGAAAUUGGAAAACCCGUAAACGGAAAUGGCCACUGCCGAGUAGUGUUUUGCGUUUCGCGCGAAGGUUGUCUCCUUCCCGCGCAAAAAAAAAUAUAUAGAAAUUAAUCGUAUUAAGUAAAACGAAAAUUAAAGAAAAACAAAAAAACAAACACACGCUAAAGUGAAGUGAAGAAGAGAGAGAGAGAGAGAGAGAGUGAGAGUGCAAGAGAUGGAAAUGGAUUGUGUGUGUUUGUGUUAGUAGCUCAGUUGCAUAAAGCAAAUGGCAGCAAACACAUCGAAAGUUCUCAAAAAACAGCGACGGUGUGAAAAGCGCAGGCAAGUGGAACGACGGAACGGCGUGCAAGCAACACACAGGAAUAGAUAUGCAUACAAUACUCAAAAACUUUUCAUUUGUGUAAAGAUUUUUUGCAGGCGAUAACAUAAGUGUAGAACUCAAAGGAAGAGCAAAAUACGUAGGUAAUGAAAAAGGACAAACACAGUAACAAACAAAACAAACAAAAAAAGUCAAAUAAACCUUUCGUCUGUUCAGUAUUUUCGCUGAACAGAAAACGACGAAUGCGACACACGACUCAACGACGAACCCACUCCGGCGGGAGUAUGAUGGGGUAUGAUGAAUCUCGUUUUGGUGAUGAUGAUGUUUGCGAGGUGUGUGGUUUGUGUGGUGUGAUUGCCGCUGUUUUGUUCAAACGGAGUAAGUUGAGCAUGAGAAACGAGCGAAAAGAGAAGGGAAUAUGGAGCGGUAGUGGAGUUGGCUAGCUAGAAACGUGUUUCUACUGUUUGUAGUUAUUUUUCUCCCCCCUUUUGGCGCCUUUUGUUUUCCCGCCCUCGGAUGCAGGGGUUGUGGUUGGCUUCGUAUGCUUUCUGCAUGGUUAGAGUUUUUUUUUCAAUUCGAAAUAACUUUUUCCGGUCCUUACCUUUAAUGCAUCCACCUUUCUCAUGCGCUUCACCAUUCUCUCUCUCUCUCUCAUGCGAGCUUUUAGUGUGUUUAACGAGACGCGGAUAUUUAGGGAGAAUGCAGGUACACGAAAAUUAUGUUCCGCGAGCGAGCGAUAUUAGUAAUUUGUAGAAUUGCUACUUGAUUUUUUUUUAUAUAUAUUUUCUUAUAUAUUUUAUAUUUAUAGUAAUAUUUUUAUUGCAACACACGUACACGCAAACAUUCACACACACAAAACCACAUAAAAAAAACGUAAAGGUAAUGUAUAAUAAAAGCGCAAAACUAUUGCCUUUUGCCGAACCUCCCCGUGCGUUUGUCGGACGGUAAUAGUGUAUGACGUACGCAAGUCUGAACUGAAGUUUUAAAGAUUCCGCACAAGAACAAAUCACCAAGAACUAUAGUAUAUGCAUCUCUUUUUGGAGAGAAGCAUAAGAGAACUCGGAGGGGAGAUGUUUUGAGUUUUCACGAGAAGAUGACCUUUUCGCGUUUUUGUGUGUGUGUUUUGAUCGUAUUUUUUGUAGCUUUCUGUGCUUUGUUUCGUCUCGCUUUUUUAUAUUUUUCUUUCUGGGCAUCACCGUGUGUCCGGUGUGAAUCCGCUUUUAUAGCUCGUAAUUAUCUCAUAUGACUGCAAUGACGUUAACGGUUGCAAUUUAAAAUAGUUCAGUUUUAGGUUAAAGUGGCGCAUAGGAGAAAAGGUGUAGAGCGGUGGAAAGGCGAGUCCUUGUAGCUUAUAUUUACUAUCAUCCCCCAACCCCCCCCCACCCUUCCCCCCCGCUGUGUUUGUUUUUAGUUUUUAGUGUUUCUGUCUGUGCUUUUGUAAAACGAACCGUGUACAAUGUAGCAGGGUCUCUUUCUCAGUUGCGUGAGUUGUGUCACUUUUGUGGACACGGUACACGAAUAGGGCGGGGACAGGUGGUUAGCUAUUUUGUGCGAUGAAAAUUGGAAACUUUUUUGUAAAUGUUUAUAACGAACCAGAAUAUGUUGAAUAUGUGUAUGUGUCCGUAUGGUUGAGAUUCUUCACACGAGAUUUAGUCAGUGGGAUGGAGUGGCGAAGCGGAGAACUGAAAGUUAGGACGCGUUUGGUACGAGUGAAAGUACGGCCGGGAGAUAUUUGGGGAACGGGUUGGCAAACAGUGAAAGAAUAAAAAUAAAACUGGGAGACCGCUCCUUUGCGGGACGUUUGUUGUUCCGUAGCAGGAAGACGACAAAACGCUUCUCUUGACAGAGAACGAGAACGCCACCAGACGCCAUCAGGAAUUUUUGACGAAACAUUAAAAUCAUAAAGCGUAAAUCAAACAAAUCUCAUUCACUCUCGCUCACUGUCUCUCUCUCUCUCCCUCCGCAAAUAGGAAACAAACGAAAAAUCAUUUUGAAAAUUAGUGUGAACUGAAGAAGCUAAUGAAAUUGUAGAGCAAAAUGCAAAGAAUCAGAAACAAGGCGAAAAAUAAUCCCACAAGAGAAAACCAGCCCCUCCUCCUCUCCCCCCCUAACAACUUUAUAUGAAACAAAAAAUGCAUACACAUACUACCACGUACAUUACACAUGCAACCAUACAUCCCCAUAUAAAUGCGUACAUUUAGGCGUAAAUAUUUCCGGUGAACAUCCAGCAUUCAGUAAACCAAACAUGAACGGAAAAAUGAAAGGAAAUAAAUUGAUAUGAACCACGA